GCCUCUCACUGUUUCCCCUCUUACAUCCAUCCCACCACCGUCGCACCACCCGCUACUGGAUCGCCGCAUCGUGUCACUGCUGACACAACCAUUAGUCUCUCUGCGACCUUCACUCGGGGCUCUUUGCAUUCCCCCUUCCCCUCCUCAACCUUUCUCCCGCGCCUCACUUCGAGAGCCGCGCUCCUCCAAACAAACACCCUUCACCACCUCCACACACUUCAUUCACCAUGUCCGCCGAAGAAGACCUGAUCGAUUACUCCGAUGAGGAGAUCCAGCCCACCGAAGUCGCCACUGGAGCCGCGGGCGCGACCAACGGUGAGAAGAAGGGGGACUUGACGGUCUCGGGCGCAGCCGCCGAGAAGGCCAAAGGAUCCUACGUCGGCAUCCACUCGACUUCCUUCCGCGACUUCCUGCUCAAGCCAGAGCUGCUCAAGGCCAUCACUGACUGUGGCUUCGAACAUCCAUCCGAGGUCCAGCAAGUCUGCAUCCCACAGGCCAUCCUCGGUACCGAUGUGCUCUGCCAAGCCAAGUCCGGUCUCGGAAAGACUGCAGUGUUCGUGCUCAGCACCCUCCAGCAAAUCGAGCCUGUCGCCGGUGAAGCGUCGGUGCUGGUCAUGUGCCACACCCGCGAGCUCGCCUUCCAGAUCCGCAACGAAUACCAGCGCUUCAGCAAGUACAUGCCCGAAGUCAAGACCGCGGUUUUCUACGGUGGAACCGACAUCAAGGAGAACGAGAAGCUGCUGAAGGACAAGGAGACCCACCCUCACGUCAUCGUCGCCACCCCCGGUCGUCUCAACGCGCUUGUCAGGGAGAAGAAGCUUCGUCUGGGCAGCGUGCAGAGGUUUGUGCUGGAUGAGUGUGACAAGAUGCUCGACCAGAUUGACAUGCGCCGUGAUGUACAAGAGAUCUUCCGCGCCACCCCGACGCAGAAGCAAGUCAUGAUGUUCUCCGCCACCCUGUCCCCAGCCACUCGCCCGGUGUGCAAGAAGUUCAUGCAGAGCCCCCUCGAAAUUUACGUCGAUGAUGAGGCGAAGCUCACCCUCCACGGUCUGCAACAGUACUACAUCAAGCUGGGCGAGGCGGAGAAGAAUCGUCGUCUCAAUGACCUUCUCGAUCAGCUGGAGUACAAUCAAGCCAUCGUCUUCGUCAAGAGCACCGUUCGCGCUACGGAGUUGGACCGCCUGCUCCGCGAGUGUGGCUUCCCGAGUGUUGCUGUUCAUUCUGGUGUUAGCCAAGAGGAGCGCAUCAAGCGUUACACCGACUUCAAGAACUUCGCACACCGCAUCUGCGUGAGCACGGAUGUCUUUGGCCGUGGUAUUGAUAUCGAGCGCAUCAACGUCGCCGUCAACUACGACAUGCCCGACUCUCCCGCCAACCCCGGCGCGAGCGACAAAGACAGCCUCGCCCAAGCCGCCGACACGUACUUGCAUCGUGUGGGACGUGCCGGCCGCUUCGGAACCAAGGGUGUUGCGGUCAGCUUUGUGAGCACGGAGAGGGACGAGCAGGUGCUCAAGGCGAUCGAGGCCAGGUUUGAGAAGAAGAUUGAGGAAUACCCGGAGGGAGGCCAGGGAGUGAACGUGAAGGGCGACUAAGCUCGCACGCAUUGGAAUCUGCUGAGACUGUCAUGCGAUGCCGUGAGCGUCGGGACGAAUGAGACACGGAAACCGGCGUCUUCCAUAGGUUGUACUUCUAGGCAUGGAAAAGCUCCAUUAAAGUGCU